AUGGCUUCGCUCAGAGCUGGAAACCCUCGAGCUGAUGAGCCGGGAAGAACUCCAUGUCUCCACCAUGGUAGUCUUAUGGCCAGGUUCAUCCAGGGAGCUGGGAAAUUGAACACCAAGAUGCCAGUUAAUGUCCCAUAUGUGGGUCAAGCCCGAGAACUGGCACGUAGUAGGCGCAGGGCAAGUAAUAAUGUGAGCGCAGGUUUCAAGCUCCGGCGGACGCGCAGAGACACUGGGGCCCAGCAUUCGGUGUUAACCCAUGCCCCGGGACCCUUGAGUGAUAAAUCAGCCUGGGUCCAGGGGGCCACUGGAGGAAGAAGAUACCAAUGGACGACGGACCGAAAAGUACAGCUGGCAACCGGUAAGGUGACUCACACCUUCUUGCACGUUCCUGACUGCCCAUACCCCUUACUAGGGAGAGACUUGCUCACCAAACUGCGGGCACAGAUAUAUUUUGAGGGGACGAGGGCACGCAUUACUGGGCCCCAAGGUCAACCUUUACAUGUGUUAACUCUUAAUCUAGAAGAUGAAUACAGACUGUAUGAGCCUGAAAAAACCCAGAAUCUGAUGAUGACCUACUGGUUGGAGAAAUUCCCAUACGCAUGGGCAGAGACGGGGGGUAUGGGACUGGCCAUGCAGCAGGCACCACUAAUGAUCCCACUGAAGGCCACGGCAACUCCUGUAUCGAUCAAGCAGUACCCCAUGUCCCACGAGGCCUACCAAGAAAUUCACCCACAUAUUAGGAGAUUAUUGGACCAGGAGAUAUUGGUUCCCUGCCAGUCUCCCUGGAACACUCCCCUCCUCCCAGUAAAGAAGCCAGGGACGGGGGAUUACCGCCCAGUGCAGGACCUAAGGGAAGUCAAUAAGCGGGUGGAAGACAUCCAUCCCACGGUCCCCAACCCUUACAACUUGCUGAGUGGGCUGUCCCCAACCCAUACCUGGUACACAGUGCUAGACCUCAAGGAUGCCUUUUUCUGCUUGAGGCUACACCCCGAGAGCCAGCCCAUCUUUGCCUUCGAAUGGAAAGACCCAGAGUUGGGAAUAUCUGGGCAGUUAACCUGGACUAGGCUCCCACAAGGGUUCAAGAACAGCCCCACGCUCUUUGAUGAAGCCCUGCAUAGGGACUUAGCCGAUUUCAGAAUUCAGUACCCUGCUAUGAUCCUACUCCAAUACAUGGACGACCUCUUAUUGGCAGCCACCUUAGAGGAGGACUGCAGGGAAAGCACCAAAGCUCUCUUGCAAACCCUGGGGAGCCUAGGAUAUCGGGCAUCUGCAAAGAAGGCUCAAAUCUGUCAAAGGCAAGUUACCUACUUGGGCUACCAAAUAAGAGAUGGGCAGAGAUGGCUGACUGAGGCCCGCAAACAGACAAUUAUGAGUAUUCCCAUCCCCCAGAGCCCCUGACAGCUGUGGGAAUUCCUGGGGACGGCAGGAUUCUGUCGCCUCUGGAUCCCAGGUUUUGCAGAAAUGACAGCACCCCUGUAUCCACUCACUAAACAAGGGACCCUCUUCACCUGGGGAGAGGCCCAACAGAAGGCCUACGAGAACCUCAAAGAGGCCCUGCUGAUCUCCCCCGCCUUGGGUCUUCCUGAUUUGACUAAGCCCUUUUAACUGUUCGUGGACGAGAAACAGGGCUAUGCUAAAGGGGUCCUAACCCAGAGACUGGGCCCUUGGAGACGCCCCGUGGCAUACCUCUCAAAGAAACUUGACCCUGUAGCCUCGGGAUGGCCCCCUUGUCUUAGGAUGGUGGCUGCAAUAGCGGUCCUGACCAAAGACGCUGGCAAAUUGACUCUAGGGCAGCCAUUGACUAUUUUAGCGCUUCAUGUGGUAGAAGCUCUAGUCAAACAGCCUCCAGAUCACUGGCUUUCUAAUACCCGCAUGACACAUUACCAAGCCUUGCUCCUGGACACAGACCGGGUACACUUCGGACCAGCGGUUGCCCUGAACCCGGCAACCCUGCUCCCCCUGCCGGAGGACGCAGAGCACCAUUAUUGCCUUCAAAUCCUUGCGGAAAUGCACGGGACCAGACCGGACCUGAUGGACCAGCCCCUCCGGGAUGCCGACUUCACCUGGUAUACGGACGGGAGCAGUUUCCUGGAAAACGGGGAGAGGAGAGCUGGGGCAGCGGUGACCACCGAAACGGAGGUAAUCUGGGCCGAGGCUCUUCCAUCAGGGACCUCGGCCCAGAGAGCUGAGCUUAUCGCUUUAACCCAGGCGCUUAGGAUGGCAGAAGGUAAGAAGUUCAAUGUCUACACAGACAGCCGGUAUGCUUUUGCCACAGCCCAUAUCCAUGGAGAAAUCUAUCAGAGACAAGGGUUGCUAACCUCGGAAGGCAAGGAAAUUAAAAACAAGUCCGAGAUCCUAGCCCUACUUAAGGCCUUGUUUCUGCCUCAGAAACCGAGCAUUAUCCAUUGCCCAGGGCAUCAAAAGGGACACAACCCGGAGGCACGGGGUAAUGGACUGGCAGAUGCAACCGCCCGGGAGGUGGCACUCAGGGAGAUAACCCCCUCCUCCCAACAUGAUCCUGAAAAAGGGCAUUGGACAUUCAAAAAUAAGCUUGUCAUGCCCAUGAAACAGACUUAUGAACUGAUCACUGACUUACACAAGCUGACUCACCUCAGCCCCAAAAAGAUGAGGGCCCUCUUGGACUGAGAAGAGAGCAUUUAUUACUUGCUGGGGAGAGACGAUAUUUUACAAACUGUGGCAAAUAAAUGUAAGGCCUGUACACAAGUUAAUGCAGGAAAGACCAAGUUGGGGUCAGGGGUCCGGGUACGGGGGCAUCGCCCCGGAACUCAUUGGGAGAUUGACUUCACUGAAAUAAGACCUGGACAAUAUGGAUUCAAAUACCUAUUGGUAUUCAUGGACACCUUUUCAGGAUGGGUGGAAGCCUUUCCCACCAAGUACAAGACUGCUAAGGUUGUAACUAAAAAGCUCUUGGAAGAAAUCUUUCCCAGGUAUGGCAUGCCCCAGGUAUUGGGCACUGAUAAUGGACCUGCUUUCGUCUCCCAGGUAAGUCAGUUGGUGGCCAAGCUAUUGGGGAUUGAUUGGAAAUUACAUUGUGCAUACCGACCCCAAAGUUCAGGGCAGGUAGAACGGAUAAAUAGAACCAUCAAAGAGACUUUGACCAAAUUAACGCUUGCAACUGGCUCUAGAGACUGGGUGCUCCUCCUUCCCCCAGCCCUCUACUGGGCCCGGAACACACCGGGCCCUCAUGGACUCACCCCAUUUGAGAUACUAUAUGGGACACCUCCACCAUUCAUUAAUUUCUUUGACUCUAAUAUUGCUGAUUUUGCUCAGCCCUCUCUGGAAGCUCAUUUACAGGCACUGCAGAUUGUCCAGAGAGAGGUCUGGAGGCCAUUAGCUGCAGCCUAUCGGGAACAACUGGACAAACCAGUGGUACCACAUCCCUUCCAGAUAGGAGACACUGUCUGGGUCCGCAGACAUCAGACCAAAAACCUAGAACCCCGCUGGAAGGGACCAUACACCGUACUGCUGACCACCCCCACGGUGCUGAAAGUUGACGGCAUCGCCGCCUGGGUCCACGCCUCCCACGUCAAGGCAGCCCAUCACCCUGAGGAGAAGGAGCCAACUGCGACCCCACCAUGGAGUGGGGUCCAGCACACCCAAAACCCGUUAAAACUAAGACUCACCUGUGGGGCCCCUUGA